GUUGCAGCAUUUUUGAUAACUGCAAGACUUGCAACAAUGGCACCUGGCAGCCCAAGGAUGAUUUCUACAUCAGAGGCAGGUACUGCACAUCGUGUCGUCGAGGGUGGUCUGGUGGAGACUGUCUCACAUGCGGAGAAGUUAUACAGAGACCACAUGGUCAUGUGACUUUAGAAAGUUAUCCAAUCAAUGCCAAAUGUGAAUGGACACUACAAGUUGGCCAAGGAGCAACAAUGGAACUCAGGUUUUCAACGAUUAGCCUGGAAUCUGACCAUAGUUGUCGAUAUGACUAUGUAGAGGUGCGGGAUGGGGACAGUCCAAAGUCGCCUGUGAUUGGCAGAUACUGUGGGGAUGAAAGCCCUUUACCAAUCAGAAGUUCUGGAAACUCUCUGCAUAUUCGUUUUGUGUCAGAUGGCUACAAUAACUAUGAUGGGUUUUUUGCUACUUUCCAGGAAGUCUCAG